CAAAAUAUUUCUUCCUCUCUAAAUCUCUUUUCCCACGAGGAACUCUCUAGAAAAAAAUCUCCUAGCGUCAGAUUUAGAGCUCCCUUCUGCCGGAGACCCAGAUUGUUCAUGGGCUUUAACCUUACUUCCUUCCUUCCUCUGCUUCAAUGGCAAUUGCAAGUCUUGUCUUCCUUCUGAUCCUUUACAGACUACCCAUCACUGGAUUUGAUCUCCUCCUCAUAUUCCUCCACACCCUUUUAUAGCUCUUGCUUCCCUCACCGGUUCCACCGGUAAUCCACCUCCAAGGAAUAUCAUACUUCCAGGUUCCAAUUUCCAAGUAUCCAACUUUGAUUCUGUUGGCAGAUUCUGCUUUCAUCUUGUUCCUUUUACUGUAACUCGAAAAGGGUUAUUAAUCGUUGGAUUCAGAUUGAAGAUUCUGAGAACCCUGUGUGGUUUCAGUUUCUGGGAUCUGGAAAAGUGCUUUUCUUUAACUUCAAUGGUUGAGGAAAAGUGGGGAGGAGUUUAAAGAAUUCGACUUUGUUUGAUUGGACGAGUACCCUUUAUUCUGUUGAAGAAAUUGAGAAAAUUGGAAUGGCAUCGGUGUUUCUGUAUCAUGUGGUCGGCGAUCUGACUGUAGGAAAGCCGGAGCUUGUCGAAUUUCUUGAAACGGAGACGGUUGAGUCAGCAAUUCGAGCUAUAGGAGAGUCCACAGAAUGCAGCAUUCCAGUUUGGAGGAAAAGACAGCAUGUUGGUGUGAUGGAGAACGGUGAGAUAAGGCAACAGAGAUUUGUUGGCAUUCUCACUUCUCUUGAUAUUAUUGCGUUCUUGGCCAAAAGCGAAUGCUUGGAGAAUCAAGAGAAGGCCAUGAAGACGCCUGUUUCUGAGGUUGUUGUGCCUAAUAAUUCUCUGUUGAAACAGGUUGAUCCUGCCACAAGAUUGAUAGAUGCCCUAGAGAUGAUGAAACAAGGUGUGAGGCGGCUCCUUGUCCCGAAGAGCAAGGUAUGGAAAGGCAUGAGCAAGCGGUUCUCAAUUCUUUAUAAUGGCAAGUGGCUCAAAAACAUUGAAACUGGUAGUAGCAAUAACCUCCCUUCCAGCAGCAACCGACCUUCCUCUUCUUCCACCAACUCCAUGCGUGACAAAUUUUGCUGUCUCUCAAGGGAAGACGUCAUCCGUUUCCUUAUUGGUUGCCUCGGUGCUUUAGCUCCACUUCCUCUUUCUUCUAUUGCUUCCGUUGGAGCUAUUAACCAGCAGUAUAACUCUAUUGAAGCUUCCCUCCCUGCCAUUGUAGCAACCAGGAAACCACCUAGUGACCCCUAUGCAGUUGCUGUCGUGGAGCCCACACCAGAUGGGAAGCAUAAAAUUAUUGGUGAAAUCUCAGCAUCCAAACUUUGGAAAUGUGAUUACUUAGCUGCAGCAUGGGCUUUAGCCAACCUUUCAGCAGGACAGUUUGUUAUGGGGGUUGAGGAUAAUGUGACCUCAAGAUUGCUCCCCGACUUUCCAGUGAACUCAUCAGUUCGAGAUGAUAAUGUAGCAAAUGGGGUUAGCUCAACAAGGCCAAGGAAGUUCAGUAGUCGGAGCAUUGGGUUCAAUCCAGGAAGCUCAAGUUUCGGGAUUGGAAGGAACAUGUACAGGGGCAGAAGUGCACCAUUGACCUGUAAACUUACAAGUUCUUUGGCUGCAGUGAUGGCUCAAAUGCUAUCUCACAGGGCAACUCAUGUCUGGGUGACUGAAGAUGAAAGUGACGAUGUUCUAGUUGGGGUUGUUGGGUAUGCUGACAUCUUAUCUGCUGUGACCAAGCCGCUACCCGCUCCUAUGACUCCAGGAAGCCAAUCUAACGAGGCAUUUGGGGAUUGAAAUUCAAGAACUGUGCUCUCUUCCCCGCUUCAUUUUGGUUAAAAAUAAAAUUUGGUUUCAUUCUUGUGCUUGUAGCUUGCAUUAUUACAUCAUGCUAUUUUGAUGGGGAUUCCAUUUUCCGUAGUUUUAUAAACAUGUUGGGUUUUAUUUUGUUGUUUUUGAGCUUAUUGAAAUGUUCUACAAUUUUAUGAAACAAUAAUAAGAUGAUUGCAAUUAU